AUGGAACUGAGCUCAGGGAACACGAUCGAAACGGUGACGAGUGAUCAGGAUCUCAGGAAUGAGACAGUGGGCUCGGAUGAUGGAUCUGUCUUGAGCAAAAACGAGCUAAAGCGGCGUAUGAAGGCGCAGCGCCUUGCUGCAGAGCGCGAACUGCGGCAGUCGAGCCGAGUUCAGCAACAUCAGGCGGCUGCACGCGAUGCUUCCUCAGGAAACCAGGAAGCGGACGAAGAACUGAUGACGUCCCAGCAGUAUUUUAGCCACCGAUGUCGAGUUGUCGAGCACUUUCGCUCCAGCGGAGAGGAUCCCUACCCCCAUAAGUUCUACGUGACGUGCAGCGUACCGCAGUUCAUCGCCAAGUACUCAUACUUGGGUGUAGGUGAGCGCCUCGAUGGGGAAGAGGCUUUGGCAGGUCGCAUUCGCUCGCGGCGCUUGUCUGGUUCGCGAUUAUUUUUUUACGAUAUUUUCGCUGAUGGAACUAAAGUGCAAGUCAUGGCCGACGCACGGUUGGAUACUGCAGGCAAUUUUGCCACUGUGCACAGUGCACUUCGCCGCGGGGACAUCAUAGGUGUCCGCGGCUAUCCAGGACGAACGAAAACAGGUGAACUUAGUAUCUUUCCCGUCGAGACGAGGCUGCUGUCACCGUGUCUACACAUGCUGCCGAAACCGCACCAGAUGCUAAGCGAUCCAGAAACACGCUAUCGCCAACGUUAUUUGGACCUCAUCGUGAACCGCGAGGUUCGCCCGAUAUUUGAACUCAGAGCAAAUGUCAUUCGCUUCAUCCGCAAAUUCCUGGACGAACGUGGUUUUCUCGAAGUCGAGACGCCGAUCAUGAAUGCUGUUGCAGGUGGCGCGAACGCGAGGCCGUUUGUGACCUUUCAUAACGAGCUUGGGGUCAAUAUGUAUCUUCGCGUUGCACCAGAGCUCUACCUGAAAGAGCUCGUGAUCGGCGGCCUGGAUCGAGUUUAUGAGUUGGGCCGAAACUUUCGAAAUGAGGGUAUCGAUAUGACGCACAAUCCGGAGUUUACAGCCUGUGAAUUUUACGCUGCAUAUCUGGACUAUAAGGAUUUGAUGGAUCUGACAGAAGCGAUGUUGAGCUUGUUAGUGAAGGAGCUGACUGGGCAUCUGAAAAUCAAGUAUCAUCCCGAAGGGAGGCAUGCUCUGGAGAACGAGGUCGAGAUCGAUUUUACCCCACCGUUCAAACGGAUCUCCGUCAUGGAUGCUCUGCGCGAAGCGCUUCCGAGCGAGCUGCGACCGCUAUUUCCCGAAUCUGAGCAACUCGGUACAGACGAGUCGCGCUUCCGUUUGGAGACUAUUUGCGAGCGAGUGGGUGUAGUUUGCCCGCCUCCGGUCACAGAAGCACGCCUGCUAGAUAAGCUUUUCGGGGCGCUCGUGGAGCCGAAGUGCGUUUCGCCCACGUUCGUUUGCGACCAUCCGGAAAUCAUGAGCCCACUCGCAAAAUGGCACCGGAAUCGACCCGGCCUCACGGAACGGUUUGAACUUUUCGUGAAUGGGCGCGAACUCUGCAAUGCAUACACAGAACUUAACGAUCCCUUUGUGCAGAGGGAACGAUUCCUGAGCUCACAACGGGACGCGGACAAAGGCGACGCGGAAGCAAUGGCGAAAGAUGAAGAUUUCUGUACGGCGCUGGAAUAUGCACUUCCGCCAACUGCUGGCUGGGGCAUUGGUAUCGACAGACUCGUGAUGCUGCUCGCCGAUCAGAACAACAUCAAGGAGGUCGUGCUUUUCCCGGCACUGCGACCGCGCCCUAACUCUGACGGCGACGAGGCAGCAGAACUGCGAGAUCGCGUUCAAGACCUGAAAGUUAAAGAAUAA